UACCGUCAGUACACGUGUUAAUUGCACCGUGUGGGGGAUGAUAGGGCUGAUAAGUGGUGUUUCCGGAAACGUUACACCACACAACCACAUGUGCAUACAGCCUAAACAUGCGCAAUCACAUACUACCACACCUUUAUCCAAACCACCUUCAUACCCACCCAUCCUCGGCAGGCGUCAUUGGGUACGAGAUAUACAAGCACCUGCCCUCAGUAGACGUGUGCAUAGUGCCGUGUGGGGGAGGAGGACUGAUAAGCGGUGUGUCCGGAUAUUUAAAGGCUGUGAAGCCCUCGGUGCAGAUGAUCGGUGCGCAACCACAGGCCUCGCCGCAAAUGGUCGAGUCCGUGAAAGCGGGACGGAUAGUGAACCUACCUACAUUGGACACACUAUCCAAUGGAACGGCUGGGGGUAUAGAGGAAGGAUCUAUCACAUUCCCGUAUUGUCAGAAGUAUGUGGAUGAAUGGGAAGCCGUCACCGAAACUGAGAUCUCAACGGCUGUUUACGACGUGUUGGAUCGCCAUCACAAGGUUAUCGAAGGCGCCGCGGGGUGUGGUAUAGCCACAGUUCACCGCAAAGCUAAGCAACUUACUGGUAAGACGGUGGUUGUGGUGGUAUGUGGGAGCAAUAUCUCUCCAGCGGCGCUGUCGAAGAUCAUUGCUGACAAUGCACCUGUGGGGUACAUAUGAAGUUUAUGACAUCCAUACGCCUUGGAGUGAUGGCUUGAAAUGAAAGGAGUCAAUCACAGCUUGAUAACUAUGGCGUGCUGAGGUGAGUAAGGUAUCAGUACACAUAUGUCUAUCAGCGCUUAAAGUGUUGAGAAUUUUACCUGGAUAGUUUAUGAUCUAGGUAGUAGCCAUUAGAGCGCCAAGCACGACGCAGAUAACUAAGGCGUGUUGAGGUGAGAAGGGUAUAAGUACACAUAAGUCUGUCAACUCUUUAACUUAUUGAGGGUCUAUGCUGGAUAGUUCGUGAUCUAGAUAUCCAAUAGAGGGCCAAGCACGACGCAGAUAACGAAGCCUUGCUCGGGUGAGAAGAGUAUAAGUAGACACAAAUCUAUCAGCUCUAAACAUAUUGAAAAUCUGACACGCAGUUAACUAAGGCGUACUGUGCCCAACACCGCUUAAAGUGAUGAGAUUAUGUUGUCAGGUUACGAUCUAGAUAGCUUGUUCAUGGGCCAAGUACGAAGCAGCCAAGCAUAUUGUGCUGAGAAGAGCAAAGGUACAUAUACUUUUAUGAGCCCUAGUUGUAUCAUCGAUAGAUCAAUAUCAAAUAGCUAAAUAAAGGGCCAAGCAUGGAACAAAC